AGCCUCCCUCCUCCCAUUCUUUUGUUUCCAAGUAAUAUUGUUACAAAUUUGGACGUAGUCUUGAAGUAUUUUACUUUGCUUUUUUUUUUCGUCCAAAUUGUGUGCAGUUUGUUUCUGUCGGAGUAAAAAGGCUUUCUCGUAAAGGUUUCCUGUUUCCGUAGCAGGCGAUUUUAAAAUGCGUUCAAUAUGCUUUUUAUUUAAAGAAGGCCCACAUGUGGUCCACAAAUGAAGUCACCUUCACAACACUCUUAGAUUGCAGACCAUCAGUCGACCUACUGCGACAGGACUAGCUGCGUUGAGAAUCUUCAGCUCAUCGUCCAUAAAGAAUCAAGAUACCAAUUGCAUGAGAGGUAUGGAUUCAGUAAAUAAUGCUAGCUUUAGCAUCGACGCGCUUCUAGGCGCCCAACAACAAGUCGAAGGAACCACUAGAAAACAGACUCAAAGUGUCCACUCUUCGUUAUCACCUUCCGCGGGCAUGAAAAACACAACAUCUGAUAUGGGUUUUCACGACGAUUACAGCGAGAAAGAAGUAUCGCCAAGUAAACACCUAUCUUUGGAAAAACGCGAACGAUUAUCGACCAAGAAACGCCGCAAGAGGACAGCUUUUACCAGCUUUCAACUCAAAUGUCUAGAAGACAAAUUCAAAUUUAGCAAAUACUUGACAAUUGCCGAACGAGACAUGAUGGCGAGGUCUUUACAGCUGACGAAUCGACAGAUUAAAACAUGGUUCCAGAACCGAAGAACCAAGUGGAAAAGAGAAAAUGUUGGUGAAGCUCUCCAACUCAACUACGAAAUCCAGAGAACCGCAACAUUACGCUGUAGUCCACCAUGGCUUCAAGUCUGCCCAUAUCCCCCUGUAUUCAGCACUAUGGAUCCGAGCUGUUCUUGGUCAGCUCCACCCUACCUACUUCAGACUACUGCAGCAAGGUUUCCCUGCAAUCAUUCGUCUUAGUUAUACUGUUCAAUGGAAUACCACGAGUCGUACCUCAAGUCUACCCGUGUCCUUCGGUAUUCAGCACUAUAUGGAUCCAAGCUGUUCUUGGUCAGCUUCACCCUAACUAAUUUAGACUACUGCAGCAAGUUUCUCUGCACUUAUUCGUCUAAGUUAUACUGUCCAAUGGAAUACCACGAGUCUCACCUCAGGUCUGCUCGUGUUUUUCAGUAUUCAGCACUAUAUGGAUCCACUGUUUUAGACAACUCCACCCCAUCUAUGCCAAACAACUGCGGCAUGCACAGAAUUUCUUUGCACUCUUUCCAUGGAACUGCAACGAGUUGCGGCUCUGUCAGAUCAAAACCAAAAGUCUAAUAAGAACUUGCAGUAUCGGAUAUUUUCCUUUCAAACAGAUAUAGAGCAUUCAAAUGAUUGAUCAGUUGAGAAUACCUUGCAGAAUGUUAAUUUAUCAAUAGACUGAGUGCUUCGUUCAAGAACGCAACAUCCUUACUGAAGAAAGACAAAGUCAAUGUAUAUAAACAUUAUGCAUCACAUAAGAAAAACGGAAUGAUUUUAGUGGAAGAUAUAUAAGACACAUGAAAAUAACUUUUUGUCCAUCCCAAUCACACUCGAAUAAACAGACAUGAUAUAUAUGUUUAAGUCGAGUCUUUGAGGACAUCAAAGACGAACAGGUGUAACCUUCCAUUCACCAUAAAAACUAAGUGAUUUUAAACUCGCGCCUCGAUAGCUAAAGAUUUGGAAAAUGAAGGACAAAACAGUUAAAGAGUCUAUGAGAAUCGUGUAUAUAGAUUAAGAAUUUCAUUGUUAACCACUAUUGUAUAUAUUUUUAAAAUAGAUAAGUAUAUAAAGUUAAAUUACAGU